AUGAGUUACGGCAACUGGAGCCAUGGCAGGACAGGCGUUUAGAAAGUUUCUUCCCCUCUUUGAUCGAGUAUUGGUUGAAAGGAGUGCAGCCGAAACUGUAACUAAAGGAGGCAUUAUGCUUCCAGAAAAAUCUCAAGGAAAAGUGUUGCAAGCAGCAGUUUUGGCUGUUGGAUCGGGAGCUAAAGGAAAGGGUGGACAGAUUGAACCAGUUAGCGUGAAAGUUGGAGAUAAAGUUCUUCUCCCAGAAUAUGGAGGCACCAAAGUAGUUCUAGAAGAAAAGGAGUAUUUCUUAUUUAGAGAUAGUGACAUUCUUGGGAAGUAUAUAGAGUGAAAUAUUCUUGAAAUGGCAUCAUGUGAAGCUGCCCAUUCCACUGAAGUUCUGAAAUCUUCUGUGAUGUAAAUAAUU